CAUCUUUUCUCUUCCUUCUCUCAUUCACUCUCUUAUUCACUUACUAUGGACCCGCAUCGAACAACAUCAUCGUCAGAAGAAGAAGAAAAAGGCCGAGACGGUUCAGAGGUUGUCAUGGUUUCAAAAAUUCCAGAUCAUCAAAGCAGAUCAAGUAGUCCUGUCGCUGCCAUCAUGACGAGUGAUGAUAAGGCUACUACUCUACAACAACAAACUGCUGAUCCCACAAUCGUGGAAGGUCUGACGGCUCUUGUCAAAUCCUCAUGGAUCAACGUCUUGAUCGUGUUCGUUCCUAUUGGUAUCGCCAGUCAUUUCGUAUGGAGCCCAACUGUCACAUUUAUUCUCAAUUUUAUCGCGAUCGUGCCACUUGCAAAACUACUCGGUUUCGCGACUGAAGAUAUUGCUCUUCGCACCGGCGAGGUUAUCGGCGGUCUUUUGAACGCUUCGUUCGGCAACGCUGUAGAAUUGAUUAUUUCGAUUAUUUCAUUGACGCAGAAUUUAGUAGUUGUCGUGCAAGCAUCGAUGCUUGGCUCGAUCUUAUCCAAUCUGCUCUUAGUUCUGGGCAUGUGCUUCUGGUUCGGCGGCAUACGUUACCAAGAACAGAAAUUCAAUCAGACAGUGGCCCAAACAUCGGCUUCUCUCUUGUUUAUUGCCACGACGUCAUUGCUGCUCCCUGCAGCUUUUUAUGCUUCCGUCGGGUCAACUGAGACGACCCAGGAACUUACAAGUGACAUUUUGAACAUUUCUCGCGCCACGUCCAUCAUUUUGCUCAUCAUCUAUUUCUCGUAUCUGUUCUUCCAGCUCAAAACGCACAAGGAUCUGUUUUUGCAACCACCUUCUGAAGCUCGUCGAGUGUCGUACCAGCGUCAGUCAACUGCCGGAACCGACCUUGAACAGCUGAACGGUGCAGGUAUUGCGCCCGGUGAAGCAACCGGCAAUGAUGAUGAGGAAGAGGAGAUGCCACAGAUGCCAUUUUGGAUGGCCAUUGUUGCACUUCUUGUGAUCACUGCUUUGGUUGCUGUCUGUGCAGAGUUUCUUGUAUCUGCUAUUGAAGAUGUUGUCGAGCAAUGGCAUAUCAGCGAGACAUUCGUAGGUCUUAUCCUAUUGCCUAUUGUAGGCAAUGCGGCUGAACACGUUACAGCCGUUACUGUUGCAAUGAAGAAUAAGAUGGAUCUUGCCCUUGGUGUUGCUGUUGGAAGUAGUAUGCAAAUCGCCUUGCUUGUGACGCCACUUAUGGUUGUGAUUGGUUGGGGCAUCAACGUCCAAAUGUCGCUAUUGUUCAACAUUUACGAGACUGCCGUCAUGUUUAUUUCGGUAAUCAUGGUAAACUACUUGAUGAUGGAUGGCAAGAGCAACUGGUUAGAAGGACUCAUGCUUUUUGCAUUAUACCUCUUGCUGGCCAUCAGUUUCUAUUACUAUCCUGAUGCUGCAUCGAGUGAACUCGGAACCGCGUGAAGCGAUCCCCUCUAGUCUGCUAAGAAACCCCAUGCGUGAAACUCUCUAAAACCCGACAUCAUAAGUUUAGCGUCGUUGGAUACUGUAUCAUUUCGGCUGCUUUUUAUCUUUUCCACAUCAUACACCGGCAUUUUAACAACUUUUUUAGAUAGUAUUAAUAACUUAGUAUAAAAUAACCUCUCUACUUUUUGUAUCAUAGUAGCUCAUUAUGUACCAGUCUUAUUCUUGCAUAUUAAAUUUCUACUUACA